AUGGAGAGGCUCGGGGGCUUUAUGAAGGAAGACAAGAGCCCAGCACUAGAAUCAAAACCUCCCAAUAAGAUUCUAUGGGGAUCUCUGACCACCGUUUUGAUAUUAACUUUUAUUACAAUUACUGUUAUAGGAAUUCUAGGAUUUAAACCAAAUAACCAAAAGUCUUUUUUUCAGAUUGUUCGAAUAUCGUUUCAAGACCAGUCUGGCUCUUUGGUGAACCAGUCUGCCUUAGUCGACAAGCAGAGGGAUGUGGUAACAUAUUACGUAACGUCCCAAACCAACCACACUACGGCAGUGCUGUUUGACUUGCAAAAUGGUUUAUUAUGUUACAGACCUGAGAACCAGGACACCUGCUUUCUGCGAAAAAUGGAGAGAGACGAUUUAGAAAAUGUCCAGACCAUUCUGAAUAUGUCCAAACAUAAGGUCAAUGAGUUUUGGCUGCAAGGUAACCAGACCAGAUAUCAUACAGAAUUCUUAGGUGUCUUGGGAAGGAAUCAAGUGGAGCCCCUGACAUUAGGGAAACCAUUCCAGACCCUCUGUGAUCGCAUACCCAUCUUCUGGGUGAUGAAAGCUCAAGGUCCAGGAAAACAAAGGUUAAUUUACUUCUGCAUUGAUAUAUGCUUUCCAAACAACAUCUGUGUUUCGGUCUGCUUCUAUUACCUUCCUGAGUGAACUGUGGCAUGCAUCCCAUUAUGCCAAAGGAACAAAGUGGCCCUCUUUUUCACUCCUGUCUCUGUACUCUGAAAAACACUUUGGUGAACUUCAGCUGCAUUGAACACUGACCAAAAACCGAAGGGCUGGGUUUAGUAAGCUUUUACUCAAAGUCAGCACCAUUUAUUUGCAAAAGGAAUGUUUUCCAUCCAAAAGUUUAGACAGUCCGACUUCCUCUUAGAAAGAAACAGUGCAAAUUACAAACUGUGCAAAAGCAUAGUAAAUCUAGUCCUUACUGAAAAUACAAGGUUGUAUAUUUUUUACAAAAGGUGAUAUAUGUAUGUUUGAAUUCUUUUUUUAUCGAGACAACUAUAGCAUUUGUAGUAGCUCCUGUCAAUAAACUGAAUUACAGAAGUUUUUUUAAAUUUAAAACAAAUACCUAAAAAUGGGAGACAAUUAUAGUUUUUUUUCCCCCCCAUAAAACUUUAAAGUUCAGUUAAACCAUAAAUUUUACCUGUGCGUCCCAAAGAUAAUGUCUUAUGUAACUGGUAACAUUGUGCGAAAGCUGCUUAUAAAUAUGACCCAGUUUAUGUAAAUAAGGCAUGGCUGCCCAGUUACUAUUCUGUG